UUGCAAAAUUGUAUCUAAUGCUGAAUACAAAUAUUUGCUAACGUCAAAUAUUUAAAAAAAAUAAUAUGCGAAGCAGAUUUCACGAAUUAAUCGUAUAAAAUUCAAAAUAUUAAUUUCAUAUACAAAAAGGUAUUUUGUAAUAAGACGAGAAAAUGACUUCAGCUGUUCCUCAGAUAAUUACAUCAGAAAAAUUUAAGUACUACAAAAAUGUUGGCAAAGUUGUCUCUAGUAAAGAAAUUCACUUACAACAACAGUUAGAGGAAAAAGAAAGAAACAAUAUGAUACUUGAAAGUAUGAAAAGGCAGUCGAAAAUGAAUAAAAUAGACUCUAAGAGAAUAAAUACAAACAAUGACAAACUAAAUGAUGUUCUAUCGGAAGCUAGACAACGCUCCAUGCACAUUUUACAAAGAGCCAGCAAACUUAAAAUGGAACAAGAAGAAGAAAUUCAAAAGUGUUCUAGACUUAUAUUAGAAAUGAAAUGUAGAGCUGUAAGAGAUGCACAAAUUGCUGAAAAGAAUAUUAUCAAUGAAGAACUUAAAAUGGAAGCGCAAAACAUUAAUGAUAUGAUGGAAAAUGAAAGAAGAUUAGCAAUUAAGUCUGAAAUUGAAAAUAAGAGAAAAGAAUAUGAAAAGAAACGACACUAUGCUGAAGCGUUAAAGACCCAAAUAUUGGAAAAUGAUGAAAAGCGUCAACUAGAAAUUCAAAGAAAGCAAGAAGAAAAUAGAAUGAACAAUUAUAUAAGAAUUAUGAAUGAAAAAGCAGACAUUUCUAAACUUAAAGCUCAAGGGAUUGAAAAUGCAAACAUUAGAAAGAAUUUGUCUGAAACGAACGAUCAGUUAAAGCAUUUUAAAAAUGUUGAGACAGAAGAAAAUAGAAUAAUGGAAGCUAGGAUACAAGAAUAUCAUCGAAUGAAACAACAACGUGAUAAGGAAAAUGUUCUUAAAUUAAAUUUAUUAAGGUAUCAAAGAGAGAAGAAAAAAGAAAAAGUUGCACUUGAAGUUCAAAACGUUUGCAAAAUUAAGGAUGUACAACAAGAAAUAACUGCUUUAAGAAUACAAGAAAAAGUUGAAAAACAAUGGAAGUUAAAAGAAAAAGAAGAAGCUUUUGAAGCUGCAAAAAAUAAAGUUAUUCUGAAAUUGGCACGAGAUGAACAAAUUAAAGAUAAACAAAUCAUGUUGGCUUUAGAAAUAAAAAGGGAUAAAGAACAACUGGAUAAAUUCGCUACAAUUCAAAGUCAGACUAUUAAUAAUGAUUUAAAAGAGAUGAGUAAAAAACAUCAAGAGGCUAUUUAUUAUCGAAAUGAAAUUUUAAAACAGAUUAGUGAAAAAGAAAAUGAGCGUAAAUUAGAGAAGCAACAAAAAAUUCAUGAAGGUCUCGUUAAAAGAAAGGAAAUGGAAUCCUUUAAGCGUCAAAUUGAUGCAACGAUACGUCAAAAAUUUGCUGAAAUGGAAGAGAACCCAGUACCAGGAAAUAACGUCAAAAAAAUCAUCGAUACAGUGGAUAAAUAAAAGAUGAAAGCUUCCUUAAACUAUACUUGUACACCUACCUUCAAAAGUUGUAAAUUGUAAAUUUCUCAAUCACAAUGCUUUUCACAGACUUUUUGAUCAAAACAUUUAUUUCUUUGAAUUACAUGACGAGAACGAAUGAAAAUGUAUUACUGAACUAUAAUAAAUCUUUUUUCUGGUACCUAAAA